AUGCGCCUCGGCCUCUCCCCAGCCGCUGCUCGCUCUCGGGCUGACCCGGCAACGUCAAAUAAUUGCGCGGCCGCGCCAACGGCUGCGGCGGAGCGGGGGGUCCGCGGUGAGCGCCGCCAUCCUCCCUUUGCCCCGCGGGACUACAACCCCCACAAUGCCGUGCGGCCGCGGCACUUCCGGGAGGCGGGGCGGUGCCGCGCCCGGUGCAUGGCGGUGGCGCAGAGCAUGGGGCCGGAGCGCGUGUGCCCCGAGGAGCCGGGGCCGCCGGAGGCCCCCGACGGCGCGGCGGGCUGGAGCGGCGACGAGGAAGAUGAGGAGGAAGAUGAGGAGGAGGAGGAGAGCGGCGGCGGCGGCGGCUACUUGUACCAGCCGCUGAGCCAGGAAGCGGAGCAGGGCCCCGGCGAGCAGGUCCCGCCGGCCGCGGCGGCGCCGAGCCGCGCCGAGCCGGGCCCCGGCCUCCGGGAGCGGCUGCAGAUGCUGCGGCUGCACCUGCCCGACCCCCCGGCGGACAGCGAGGAUGAGGAGGAGGAGGAGGAGGAAGGCGGCGCCGGCGCGCCGAGCAGCCGCAGCUCCAUCCCCAUGGACCCAGAGCACGUGGAGCUGGUGAAGAGGACCAUGGCCGGCGUGAAGCUGCCCAGCCUGGGCGUCCCGGCGUGGGCCAGCCACAUCUCUGAGGAACAGUGGAAGGACGUGGUGCAGCGCGCGCUGCAAGCCCGGCACAGCCUCGGCACCCCCAGGCCCGAGCGAAGCCGCGGGACCGGGGCUGCUCCCUCCUGCCCUCCCCUCAGCCCCGCGCCCGCCGCCUUUCCUGGCACUGGGCCGCACUAGGACUUGCCAACAGCGACGGUACUGCUUCUCCCGUUGACGCUGUCCGCCUUCCCUUCCUGCUCCUCUUUGCAGCGCUGGCUGGCAUGUAAGUCACUGUGGUGUCCUUGUAUUGGCUUCCUGGUGCUCCUCCUUGGAGUAACUACACUGGUUUCCCUACCCCUGUGUGUGUGUGGAGGGAGGGGGCUCAGCUGGCUUCACCCGGAUUGAUGUGGCACAAACACGGGAUCUUCCUCAUGCUGUCAGUGCUGGAGAAGUCCUCUCCGCUCAGGCCCCUCCUAGCAGGACAAGCAGCUGUAUUUUGGCACAUCAGAGGUGGAUUCCAGUGUGUCUUUCCAAGAGAUUGGUUUUAUUUAGUUCUGUACAUACAGGGACAUCUGUACAAAAUCCAACACUUUCAUACUAUGUAAUGCUCUACUGAAAAUAAAGUACACCAUAUGCACAUA